AUGCGUUUCCCAAUCCUACUCGCAAUAGGCCUCGUUGUGCCCUCGAUCAGCGCGCAUUUUGAUAGGCGUGCGACCACAUCUGCGUGUUCUCAGCUAGCUAUUGAAUUUCCCGGUCAGGUCUAUAAUCCUGGAACCUCCGAGUAUGUGACCGAGACUGAAGCCUUCUUUUCCACAACUGACUGGCUUUCCCCGUACUGCGUGUUUGCCCCGGUCAACUCGACCACUCUGACCAGCGGCGUGCAGCUACUCGUGCAUACCAAUACCUCCUUUGCUGUGCGCAGCGGCGGCCAUCAGCCAAUUCCUGGCUUUGCAUCUACUGAUUAUGGAGUUAUGAUCGCCACCACGCAUUUCACCGAGAAGACUCUCGUCCCCACUCCCAACGAGUUUGGAGAGACUUAUAUCCGAGCAGGGGCGGCCUUUCGCUGGCAGGAGGUGUACGACUUUCUUAAUCCGUAUGGCCUGGUUGCCAUAGGAGGACGCGUAGCUCCGGUUGGAAGCUCCCUAAUCCUUGGUGGCGGCUUGAGCUAUCACUCCUAUCUUCACGGCUGGGCUGCCAACAACGUGGUCAAUUUCGAGUUGGUCACUGCCAACGGUACCAUUCUACAGGUCAACAAUGCCACCCAUCCAAACCUUUUUUGGGCCCUCAAAGGUGGAUCCAACAACUUCGGCAUCGUCACGCGCUACGACUUGCGCACGUAUCCCACCGGCCCAGUCUAUGGCGGCAGUGUUACCUGGGCGUCCAACGCAACCCAGCAGUAUCUCGAUGCCUUCACGGCGUACAUUUCCCCCGGCGGAGGCAUCGAGGAUCCCAAGGCUAACAUGAUGCCGUCCUUCAGCUUCGAGCCGUUGUCAGGGGUUGUAGCCUUAGGUAACAUCUAUUUCUACAACGCCAACGUCUCCAACCCCGAGGCCUUUGAGAAUUUCACUACCAUCCCUACGAUGGCUAGCGAGGUGGGUGUGAUGAACUUCAGCACCCUCACGAAUCAAACGGCCUACUUUUCCGAGCUGGUCAAUCGAUGGGGCUGGUAUGAUACAGCUGUCCUCUUUGGUAACGAAAGCACCCAGCUCAUCCACCACACCGUCGUUAAUUGUACCGUGGGCUUCGCAGCAGAACCUAUCCCCGUCUCGAUGCAGCAAGCCGCCAUCGAUAACGGUGGAGAUGCGAUGGAUUUGGAUCCCUCGAGGGGAGGAUUUCUAGUGGCCGAGGUGUACGUCACCUGGAGCGAUGCAGCUGACGACGAAGUCGUCAAAGAGUAUCUCACGUCAACCAUCGCCGAUAUCGACCGCCAGUCCAAGGAGAAGGGUUUAUACUAUCCAUUCACUUGGCUAAAUGAUGCGGGGUUCGACAACAGUCCCAUCAGCACCUAUGGGUACGGGGAAUCGCUCAGAAAGAUGAAGGCUGUCAGUCACACGUACGAUCCUGCCGGGGUCUUCCAGAAGCUAGUCCCGGGCUUCAAGUUGGGCUUUGACUGGGCUGGGUGA